CAACUCCAUUAAACCACCAGCCGCUCCCCAAACCACUCCUUCAGCCAUGAAGUUCCUGCUCCUGCUUUUGGUAGCCCCUGGCUUCCUGACCCAGGUGAUCUCAGCCAGUAGGGGUGCAUCAAAAUGUGUGAGUGACAUCCCAGGAUACUGCAGGACACAUUGCCACCAGGGGGAGACAGCAUUGUUCAUGUGCAACGCGGUCAGAGAAUGCUGCGUCAGCUACUUGUUUUUGCCGAAGCCUCACCUACCACACCCCCUCAGUAGGCACUGGGAAUCAAGGCGAAGAAGCGUGCAAAGGAAAGACAGGAAGCAACAAGUGACCACAACAUCAUAAUGACCACUGCUAUUGUCUUUACCAACUCAAAGAAAUAUCAUUUCCACUGUUCCAAUUCCUCCUACAUUGCUGAGAACUAGCCAAGGCUCCUCCUUAUGGGGUAGAUAUCUAUAGCCAACCCCAAAACGUCUAUCUUCUCCAUCAUUCUGUCAUUCAUCUAAUAACUAAUUUGGAAUCUGUAUCUAUCUUAUGAGAACAAUCAUUAUGCAGACUCAUCCACGGGGGAUCUGCCGGUUUGGGUCCUCCAAAUGAAAAAUGCCAAGACAGAAUUGGUCAUGCAAAAGACGGACUGGGAGAACACACCUCUGAUGGACGAAGGUGAGAAGAGCAGCCACAGGCAGGGAGAACCUUCAGACUGCAAUGCUGGCCUGAUACGUAUCAAAGAAGAGAGGGAUGGAGGAGGUUUGAAUAGGAGAAGACUGAGACUGCGCUUCUAAGAAACUCUGAGCCAAACUGAUGGGGAGGCCCAAAGCAAGGCUUGCCUCUCAGAGGAGUUCACACAGGGCAGUAUCAGCCAGGCUCUCAUAUCCAAUGGGUUCAGUCUUUGGCUGAGAACAGCCCCUGGAGAACAUGGGGUGAAUGCGAUCAUAGGUCUAGAAGUGUGACAGCUUGAGACUGUCCACCAACUAUCCCCUUGAAGCAAGCUCUCUUGAAAGGAAAUCCGAACGGUGCACCCCCAUGGCUGCCACGGAGUGUAAGGAGGGAGAGAAGGGAGCUGAAAGUGUAGGUUUGGCCAGCCAGGUAGACUGACUUGUGAUGUAUUUAUUUAUUCAUUUGGGUAAUAAAGCAGAGAAAAUUCAUAGCCACCACUGAUAGUACACCCCGAGAGCAAGGAUGGCAUGAUGCUGGCGACUCAACUGUACCUGCCCAUGGUAUAAAAUUGGCAUAACCCUCUAGGAAGCUGUGUGGAAAUAAGCACAGAGAAGCAGAACUCUACUUGUUUAAUCCACUAAAUAUUACUUCUGGGAAUUUGUUCACUGCAAAUUAGCCAAGAGAAGCGCAAAGUUAUGGGCAAAAAGGUGUUCCAUAUACUAUUAUUUAAAACGAUGAGAAAAUGAGAAAAUCUAAAUGGUGAAAUACUAAAUACUGAUGCCAUCUAUAAAUACAGAUAGAAUGCUUAUAGAAUAAUGGAACAAAAUGUUAUUCAAAAUUGCAUCACACUUAUGCUGUGGCUGUCGAAAUCGUCUCCUUAUAUGACACAAAACUCAGGAAAAUUAUGGCAACUUUUUUGUUUGUUUAGAAAGCAGAAUUGCUCGUAAAUUUCCUCUUACAGUUUGAUGCCCACUAAUUUUAUAUAAUGUUUAUGUGACAGGUACUAACUUCUAUCUGAGAAGAACAAACUAAAACACUCAGUCCUAAAUAAUUAAAAGCAGUCCUAAAAACCAGCAAACCAGAUAAGAAAAAAUGUUAAUGCCCCUUCCCUAACUUAUAUCUUAGACCGAAAUUAAUUAUAGAUGACUUUAAAAUAACAGCGUAAAAGUAAAGUGUUAAAAGAUUGUGUGGCCAAAUGUUUAAGAGCAAGGAAAUUCUUUUAACAAUAGAGGCAGAACUCAUGUAAGAAUAAAUUGAUUACGUGGCAUAAAAUAUUAAAUUCUUCUGUAUGUCAAAAGAUAGCAUUUCGAAAUUCAUCCAUCUUAUUGGGUAUUGCAGGAGUUCAUUUUCUUUUGUUAAUGAAUAUCUUCCAUCAUAUGAAUAGUAUUUAUUCAUACACUGAUUUGUUCAUGGACAUUUGGGUUGUUCCCAGUUUGUGGUUAUUACAAAUAAAGUUUCUAUGACCAUUUAUGUACAAA